AUGGCUAACUCCAAACCUCUUGCCGAACCUCAUUCCGAACCUCAUUCCCACACGCAGCAGCCGCGGCGGCACCGCUCAGGCCUGUGCGUUGCCAUCCCCACCAUCCCUCGGCCAACCGUGGAGCCGAACGUGUCCAGUUGGCAGCUCCUCACCCGGCUUUUACGGGAUCUGGACGGCGAGCGCGCCUCGGGAGAGGGUGUAUUGGACCACGCAAUUAAGGUGGUAGUGUUUUGCGCGUCGUGUAUGUAUAGGUUUCAACCGGGGGCGGCGGAUGUGGGGAACGUAGUGGGGGACGGGACACGUGUCACUGAGCUUAAUCGGGCCGUCGAGGAACAGUACACGCAGGCGGUUAGGGUUUCGAGGGAGCUGUCUGUCCCCGUUUAUGUGGUCCCCGCUAACGUGGAAGUUUGUGCGUUUAUAUAUAACAAGACGCGUAUGGAGGAGGUUGUUCCGAGCGAGCUACAGUACAAGGAUUGGACUCGGUGGAUGUGGAUGGCGAAAGAAAGCAUCGAUUUCGUGUACGCCGUGCGGCAGUGUAUGGUUACCAACCCUCGUUACAUCUUGUUCCUGGAAGACGACACGAAACCCAUCCAUCGUUACGACUCGGCAAUUGAGCGUUUCAUCUCCGAAGACCUUGCAAACAAGUCCUGGGCCGUGCUAUCCCUGUACCUCCCGCGCUCGUACCACUGGCCAGUGCAACACGCAGACGAAUACUCAAUCCCAUGCUGCACCCAAGCGCUGCUAUUCAACGUUACCGCGUUACCACCACUGCUGGAUUUCGUCGAAGGGAAUUUCAUGCGAGCCCCAAUCGACCUGCUAUUGCGCGACUAUCUGAAAGAGAACGGCCUGCACGCGUAUGUGCAUGUGCCGUCGCUGUUCCAGCACAUGGGCGUGUACAGUACCAAGGACGGCAGCAGCAAGGCGUUCCACUUUGACUUUCUGUUUGGGAAGAACACGUCUGCACUGACGGCGAUGGGCGGCGCUGUGGAAGGGCAAGCAUGCAAUUGGAUGUGCUUGGGGGGGCCUAUUGCAGAAGGGGGGGAAGUGGUGAUCAGCCAUGUGAUUGCUCGCAUGGCUGUCGUUCUUACCACAGCGACCCUUUCAAGAUCCCAUCCCAGCCUCUGUAUCCCGCAGCAGCCGGUGACCACUGAACUUGUGCCUGCGAGACUCCUGCAUUCACCUUCAGAGUUUCAAACACUGUCGACUUUCUCGACCAACUACCAUCCUCGAUAG